AUGGGCAACAAUAGGCCCGCCCGUUCAUCUCCGAAUUUGGCGAUCAAAUCAAUGACAGACGGAGCGCUGUUUUCUCAAAUUUACCUCUUCUUAAGCGGAUCCGAUUUCCACUCAGCAUUUCUCCAAAUAGCUGCUGAAACAGAUAUCGUUACCCCCAAAGUCGUUGCCAGUCUCAAAGCGAUGAGUUCCAAACUACGAAAUUUGUUGAUCAAGAUUCGCAAAGAGGAGCGAAAGAAAUCGCUCUCAAGGAUACAUAUUUCGUUCAAAAGGCAUUGUAUCAAACAAGAUCUGGCGAGUGGGACACACCCAGUUUGUGUGUGCUGGGGACAUGAACGGAAGGCUUGA